UUCCUCCUCGAUUUCCAUACUCCCUGCCACGAUUCCUCUCACUACCCUUCCAAUGGCGAUCAACAGCGACCAGGAGGAGACGGACUGUCAAAGGAUAAAGAUUCCAGUAGCGGAAGACGACGCCGAGGCCUCUAUUCCCAAGGUCAAAACAGAAUCAAAGCAUACUCCCAUGAAGGGAGAGGAGGAUCAUAUGCGGAGUAACAUUCGCACGCUCUAUCGCGAGCUUGAAGCAAGGAUCAACGAAGGAAAAGAUGAAAUUGUCGCCGGAGAUUCGCAAAUGUUCAUGUCCAUUAUGAAUGAGGUGGAGAAGAUCCACCAAAACGUGAAAAAUCCAAGGGAGCAAGUAGCAGAUGCGGAGGCAUUCCUAGGGCUAGUGAGCACGUUGGUCGCCUCUGUUAAAACACAUAUGAGAGGAGGGAUAUCUCCCUAUCAAUUUGUUUCGCAUUUAGUUGGAGAAUUCGGGAAGCACAAGGAAUUUCGAAAGAAUUCACCUGUUGUUAUUGCAUGGAAAGAUAUCGGCAGUUUAUCUACAUUGAUUUUCAUGAAUGUACCAGGCUGCGCAACCAUGAUUGGACCUAUGAGACAUAAGAUUAAGCCAUUGAAUCGAGUCUAUCCUGGUCCAAGUUCUCGUUCAUUUGGGAUGUCACAUUAUUCAUCUCAGCAAUGGAAGCAGCCUGUCGUUCCCACCCGAUUGAAAACAAGAAAAAGAUCAGCACAGACCAGAGAUCAUCCACAAGAGCAUACAACCGUUGCCGAGGCAGUGAGCAACACCGACGAGAACAUCCGAAUCAUGUUUGAGAUAUUAAAGAAAGAAAAACAGCUCAAGGUUGAGAAUUUAAUACUCAAUAGAAACUCUUUUGCUCAGACCAUCGAAAACCUAUUUGCAUUAUCGUUCUUGGUGAAAGAUGGAAGAGUUUGCAUCGAUGUCGAUACGAGUGGUUCUCAAGUAAUCACCCCUUGUAAUGGUCCCAGCGCAGAAGAAAUCGAGAGCAGAGCCGCCAAAAGCCAUCAUUUUAUGUUCAGAUUCGACAUCGAUGAUUGGAAGCUGAUGAAGACUCUUGUACCUGGCGGUGAAGAAGUGAUGCCGGUAAGGAAUGCAGACACCAGAACCGAAACCAGCAACAGACAUUGGAGCCACGAGGAAGCAAUCCCGGAAGGGAUUCCCAUCCGUUCGAACUUUUUCGAUGCAGCGCGUCCGGUUAAGAAUGUCUGGGGAAACUUCGGCGUCACCGUGGCCAAGUUCUAACUUAAGGUAAACAAUUGCCAUGGCUUGGGGUAAGAAUUUUUUAGGUUUGUAUAAUAUGUCUUGAUAGUUCGGCUGUGUAAUAUCUGAUGGUUUUGGGCGUUGCCAUAU